UAACAUAAUCAUCAUCUCCAUACUUGCUCUCUUUACCCUUUUUCUUCAAUUUUUAUUCUUCUUCUACUCUCCUUUGAAACUCUUCACUGUUAUUCUUGAGCUCUCUCUUGUGCAACAUGGCCACUGGCCAAUUGAGGAAGCUGAUAGUUGAAGUUGUGGAUGCUCGUAACCUCUUGCCCAAAGACGGACAUGGAACCUCGAGUCCUUACGUCGUGGUCGACUACUACGGCCAACGAAAACGGACACGAACUGUAGUUCAAGAUCUAAACCCGACGUGGAACGAGGUUCUUGAGUUCAAUGUCGGGCCACCGUCGAGCGUGUUUGGAGAUGUUUUGGAACUUGAUGUGAACCAUGAUCGAAACUACGGGCCGACACGACGGAACAACUUUCUUGGGCGGAUCAGGUUGAGUUCUACACAGUUUGUGAAGACGGGGGAGGAGGCUUUGAUUUAUUUUCAUUUGGAGAAGAAGAGUCUCUUUAGUUGGAUUCAAGGAGAGAUUGGCUUGAGAAUUUAUUACUCUGAUUGCGUUGCACCGUCGAUUUCACCGCCAUCAACGAUUGAGGAUGGCAAUAUAGUUAAUACAAUUGAGGAACCAACGAUCGUAGAGCCAGAGCCAGAGCGAGAACCAAAGCAAUCACCUUUGUUGGAACAACAAGAGGUCACCCAACAAAGUGAUGAAACAUCCACAAUCGAAGGCACAACGGCUCCGAAAACAGAAACUUUGGCCGAUAAGGCCACUGCAUCUCCGACAACAGAAACUCCGAUUAUCGACAUUAGUACUCCGACAGAAAUUCCAACUCCCGUUGUCGAAAUGCCGUCGUCCGAAAACCAUCCACCACCAGAAGUGGUGGAGCAGAGGGAGGCGCCGGCAGAAACAUCACCGGAAGAUAACCAACCUCAAGUGAUCCCACCAACGGAGUCAAAACAAAAUACAGAAGUCAACUUUGCGCCACAACCAAUUAGAAGACCAACGUCGAUAUCAAGCUACACAUUGGAGUCAACUGAAAGUCAAACAAUCGAACGGUCCGCAUUCGAUCUUGUGGAAAAGAUGCACUACCUCUUCGUGCGAGUAGUAAAAGCACGGUCACUCGCCACUAAUAGCCAUCCGAUCGUGCAGAUCGAAGCAUUUGGAAAACGGAUCACAUCAAAUCCAGCCAGAAAGAGCCACGUGUUUGAGUGGGACCAAACGUUUGCAUUCAGCCGCGAUGCAGCAGAUUCUGCCUCAAUAAUGGAGAUUUCAGUUUGGGAUGGCAAAGGAAACGACGCCGUAUCACCAUCCGACGUGGACCGACGUAAUUUUUUAGGUGGCUUGUGUUUUGAGGUAUCAGAUAUUCUACUGCGGGACCCACCAGACAGUCCAUUGGCCCCACAAUGGUACAGAUUAGAAAGAGAAACAAACGACGUCGCUUUUGGUGGGUAUUUAAUGUUAGCCACGUGGAUUGGUACUCAAGCUGACGACGCGUUUGUUGACGCGUGGAAGACAGACGCCGGCGGGAAUUUCAACUCUAGGGCAAAAAUUUAUCAAUCGCCAAAAAUGUGGUAUCUACGCGCCACCGUGAUCGAAGCCCAGGACGUGGUUCCGAUCACCGCCGUGAAAGAAGCUUCAUUUCAAGUCAAAGCCCAACUUGGCUUCCAAGUAUCCAUGACGAAACCCGUCGUAACCCGUAACGGCGCUCCGUCGUGGAAUGAGGAUUUGUUGUUCGUUGCCGCCGAGCCGAUGACCGACCACUUGAUCUUCACCGUCGAGAGCCGCCGUAGCUCGAAAUCUCCGACCGUCAUAGGGGUUGUGAAAAUCCCACUCACUGACAUCGAGCGGCGAGUGGAUGACCGGAAAGUGACAGCACGGUGGUGCACACUCGCUGGACUUGUGGAUGAAAAGGGAUCAUCCUACAAAGGAAGAAUUCAGGUGAGGCUGUGUUUUGACGGAGGGUAUCACGUGAUGGAUGAAGCGGCGCACGUGAGUAGCGAUUACCGGCCGACGGCGAGGCAGCUGUGGAAGCCGCCGGUAGGUGUGAUUGAGAUUGGUGUGAUUGGGUGCAAGAAUUUGGUUCCGAUGAAGACCACGGCGGCCGGGAAAGGCUCCACCGAUGCGUAUUGUGUUGCAAAAUACGGGUCGAAGUGGGUCCGAACUCGGACGGUCAGCAACAAUUUUGACCCGAAAUGGAAUGAACAAUAUACAUGGCAGGUUUACGACCCGUGCACGGUUUUGACAAUUGGAGUUUUUGACAGCACAGAAGAAUCCAAAAAUGGCGGUUCAACCGAACCGGACCUACCCGAUUCACGAAUCGGCAAAGUACGGAUACGAAUCUCCACAUUAAAAACCGGAAAGGUAUACCGAAAUUUUUACCCUCUCCUCGUUUUAUCCGCCGCCGGAACCAAAAAAAUGGGUGAACUCGAAAUCGCCGUCCGAUUUGUCCGUACAUCGCCGCCGUUGGACUUCUUACACGUGUACUCCCAGCCAUUGCUGCCGUUGAUGCACCACGUGCAGCCUCUCGGAGUCCGGCAACAGGAUUUGCUCCGAAGCGCGGCGGUGGAGACGGUGGUUGGUCAUUUUUCAAGAUCGGAGCCGCCGCUUCGACGGGAGGUCGUUCUGUUUAUGCUCGACGCCGAAUCGCAUAGCUUCAGCAUGCGAAAAGUCCGUGCGAAUUGGUACAGAGUCAUCAGCGUGGCCGCCACCGUGAUCGCCGCCGUGAAAUGGAUUGACGAUACUCGUUCGUGGCGGAAUCCGACGGCUACAAUUCUCGUCCACAUCCUGCUGGUGAUUCUGAUUUGGUUCCCUGAUCUGAUCAUUCCCACUGUUUCGUUCUACGUGUUCGUCACCGGCGCGUGGAACUACAAAUUCCGAUCGCCGGAGCUUCUUUCGAGUUUCGAUUUGAAGCUUUCAAUGACGGACGUUGUCGAACGAGAUGAAUUGGAUGAGGAAUUCGAUGACAUACCGAGCACGAGAUCGCCAGAAGUUGUACGGAUGAGAUACGAUAAGUUGAGGGUGAUUGGGACACGUGUACAAAGCUUAUUGGGGGAUCUAGCAACUCAAGGAGAGCGCGUGCAAGCAUUGGUGACGUGGCGUGACCCACGCGCCACCGGUAUUUUCACUGGAAUAUGCUUUGCGGUGGCGAUGGCGCUCUACGUGGUGCCGUUGAGGAUGGUGACGGUGGCGUUCGGGUUUUAUUACCUCCGCCAUCCAAUUUUUCGAGACCGGUUGCCGUCGCCGGCUCUCAAUUUCUUGAGAAGGCUACCGUCUUUGUCGGAUAGACUAAUGUAGGUUGUGUAAGAGAGUGAAGAAGCUUGAGGAAAGAAUAGAUAGGGGAGGAAAGAUUUUUUAGAAAUUAUUCAAUGUGAUUGUGUUAAAUAAUGUUGAUGAUAAUUUAACCAAAUAUUAAAUUAGAUUAAAU